UGACGAGACUGCGCGACGUACCUUGUUUAUUGUGCCUCUGCAACUCCGUACUUGAGCCUUGACCCCGCUCCGACUUCAAACAACCACAACAUGGCUUUGAUACCAAGCUUCCUAUACAAUAUCCAGAACCAUGGAUGGGACUACCAUCUGGCCACCAGUGGCGACAGCCUCUUAGCCAGCUCAUCACCGAAUUAUUUGUGGCAAGCUACCACCUGUGGAUCAGGUAGUGUGGGCUAUGUUGUCGACACGUUUGCACAGAAAUGUUUGUGGGCAAGUGGAAGCUCGGUCGGAGUGCAUACCUGUACCAGCAGCGACCAAUUUUGGAGUAUACGCCAAGUUGACGGCAGCCCUAACACGCACAUCAUCCAAAACGUCAACGAGAGCAGCGAUGGCUUCCUAUCUCUAGAUAAUAAGUCGUUCAGUCUUUCGACGUACGCACCGGGCAGCACACAGGCCAAUUCUGAGUGGUCAUUCCAAUAUCAGAAUCCUCCUGAGAGCGUGACUUGGGACGUUUGUGGCCAUGUUGCCGCCCUCACAACCUCCUCAUCCAACACAAGUACUGUGCGGUCGACACUAUCGUCAAGCUCAUCGAUCACCACAACUAGCACUUAAACAUCAGCACGUACUUCGCAACGACUGUUGACAACUCAAGUACCAAACCAGAAACAUCGACGUCGGGUUGAAGAUCGAUCCACAGCUGAGGUGACUGUAGCCGCUACCGCCGAAAGCUUCGAUGACCUGCUGGCGCAGCUCAGCACCACGACCGUGCCGUCAGCUAGGAUCCAGACGCCGAUUGGAGUAAACACUUGAUCGAGUUCUGAUUCGAGGAGAUUCGAUAUGGUCUGGUGCAUCUUGUUGAUAAAGCUGAUGGUCACUGUUGUUGCAAGUCUGUAGUAAAUAGGUGCAGGAAGGCGCUCGUGGAUUUGGUGGCGUGUCAACGAGAAGUAUGAGAGAAAUAAGGCGCCG